AGAAGCUAUAAAAUUUGUAAACAAUUAGGAGUUUUUGCGUUGAAGAACAAAAUAUCUUGCAAAUCGACUCAAAUUAACCAACGAUGGAAACCGAGCUGCCCUCCACUAGUGCCAGCGCUUUAGCAGCUUGCAGUUCCAAUGCCAGUACCAGCGCACAGGUUCAGGAUUACACACAACUGACUCCAGAGUUACUGCAGCGAAAACUUUACUUUCUGGUUGACCAGUUGAAGCAGAUGCAUGCUCAGCUGCCAGAGUAAGUAUCAAAUACGUAUCUCCUAUGAGCUACUCACCGAGCUGGCUAAUUCCCUGCUAAACGAUACCAUUUUUGAGAUAGUCAAGGGACUAAUGGAAAUACAAAAUGUCACAGAAAGGCACCUGCUAACGCUGCGCAAGCAAAUUGAGACAGAUUUUGAGUUGGAAAUGCAAGAGUGGCGCAGUAAGAUAACCGAUCCAGAAGAAUUAAGCCAUAUCGAACAGCUUAUGCAAGUGAAACACGCAAAAAAGUUGCGUGAAACAGAUAUGAAAUUGAUAGCAUUGUUGGAUCAAAAGGUAAAAGACCAGCAGAGUACAUUGCUUAAGGCUGGCGUAGCGGGCUUCUAUGUCACUGACAAUCCAAGGGAAAUUAAAAUACAAAUGUUUCUGUUGGAUUUCAUCAUUCGUUUAAGCAGAAUUAAGUUUGAGCCAUAUAAAUAACAAGAGGAGUAAGACGUGGCCUUCACGUUUUACAAACAAUAGAUAUAUCGUCGUCGUCAGACCAUGUAUGUAUUUGAUUUACAUUAAAACGUAUUCAUUGAAAAUGUAUGAGAUUUUAAAAUACGAAAAUUAAGUAUAGUAUAUACAUUAUCAAGGCGAAUUCAUUACCAAAAGUAAUGCAGCUG